AAAAAAUAGAGAUUAUAGAGUAUGAGAAAUUUUGGAGUGGCGUGUUUAAAAAGAGUCGAUAGAGUAAAAUCUUCACUGUUUGGGUGUGUGUUAUAUAUACUCCGGCGCGAAUUGUGAAGAGACAAAACCUUCCCUAUAAUCCCGAGGCCCAAAUCUUUCUCUUUUCUAUAAUCACUCACUGUUUGGUUUUUUAUAUUUGUUUUCAAAAACUUUGGGAAUUUCGUCAAUGGAGCCUGACGUGGUGGAGAUCCCUCCUCCUCCUCUGAUCGCUUCGGGUUCUAGAACUCGUAAACCCAGAAAGGCUGUUCCUGAAGUGAUUGAUGUGGAAAGUUAUGAAUUCCGCAAUGUUGGUGUUGUUAAGGAUAACAAUGUUGUUGAUAAGAAGAACAAAGGGAAGGCAAUACAAGUUGACUCCUUUUCUUUCAACAACGUUCAAUCUCAUCAUCAUGGAUCGUCGCUGCUUAACUUAGAGACGUUCCAAGACUAUUAUGGUCAUAAGAAUAUCCCUUUUAGUGAAUUUGCUAAUCAACCAAUUGAUGUUGAUGACUACUCAAUGUAUCAAGACGUUCUAGAUCCUAAGGAUGUUCCAGCUGGUGCAGAGGUGACGGUACCUUGGGGUUUAAAUUCGAGCAGUAAGGGAACUGCGAAAUCAAGUAUAAGCAUUAUGAGAAGUCAAUCCAUGAAAGGAUAUGGAACAGUAUCUCUGGCAACGACUAAUGUUCCUCAAUUAUGGGAUUAUACUUUGCCUCAGCAGAAUCAGGCUAUCUAUUCUUCUGUAUCGUUUUCUGCGGUUCAACCUCAGACUCCUGAUGUAGUGAUGGUCACCAAUCCUACUCCAAACCCUUUUAGUUAUGAUGCUUCUGCUAGUUCUUCUCAUCCUAUAGCGGCUGAGCCUAUUUCUUCAGUUCAGGAUUCUUCCAAUGCUAGGAAACUUAAGGAAGAGUUUCUGAGGGAUUUUAAAAGAUUUGACACCGUCGAGGAUUUCUCAGAUCAUCACUAUGCUUCAAAGGGUAAAUCUUCAAAGCAGCACUCGAAGAAUUGGGUGAAAAAGGUUCAAGCAGAUUGGAAGAUUCUUGAGAAUGAUUUGCCAGAGGCAAUAUCUGUCAGAGCCUGUGAAUCAAGAAUGGAUCUUUUGAGAGCUGUAAUUAUUGGAGCUGAGGGAACUCCUUACCAUGACGGUCUUUUCUUCUUCGAUAUUCAGUUCCCAGAUACUUAUCCUUCAGUGCCACCGAAUGUUCAUUACCAUUCUGGUGGGCUUAGAAUCAACCCGAAUCUAUACAAUUGUGGGAAAGUAUGCUUGAGUCUUCUCGGUACCUGGGCAGGUAGCGCGAGGGAGAAAUGGCUCCCAAAUGAGUCGACAAUGUUACAGCUUCUUGUCUCAAUCCAAGCACUCAUCUUGAAUGAAAAACCAUACUUUAACGAACCUGGCUACGUACAGAGCGCGGGGACUGCAUCAGGCGAGUCCAAGUCUAAAGUUUACAGUGAGAACGUAUUUCUAUUGUCGUUAAAGACUAUGGUUUACAGCAUAAGAAGACCACCCCAGCAUUUUGAAGAGUAUGUUCAAAACCAUUACUUUGUCCGGUCUCACGACAUUGUGAAAGCAUGCAAUGCUUAUAAAGCUGGAGCUCCGCUUGGAUCGAUGGUUAAAGGCGGAGUCCAAGACCUUGAAGAAGCUAGACAGAGCGGCUCCAAGAAGUUUAAGACCGAUGUAGCUAGCUUUAUGCAGACAGUGGUUGAUGAAUUCGUCAAACUAGGAGUCAAGGAGCUUGCAGAAAAACCAGAACCGCCUAUGAGCAAUGCUAACACAGAGAAUCAGAGCAAGAAAAAAACCCGUAAGAGAAGCAGAUCAUCGAGGUGAGCCAAAUCCACCAAAUGUUUCAUGCUUUUCAUAUCUUGAAUUAGAGAGGAAAGACAAGUAAUUCUCGUAUGUACAGUUUUACUUGAUAAAAAUUUUAUGACUUUCUCUGUCUCUCAUGUAUUUUUCUUAUUAUCAUUUGUAGUGUUUGAUUAGGAAUGGUGAUUGAUUGUUUUUUCGAGUUUUAACUUAGGAUUUUAUCAUUUUGUGACAAUUGUUGUUUUUUGGCAUUUUGGUAUAGCAUCAAAGAAUUUCUAGCAAAUAUUGGACGCUGCGUUUUUCAGUAGUAUCAAGUUGAAGAUACGAGAAAGAAGACUUGGUGGUGACUAGGGAUCUAACAUGGAGUAGUAGAUCGAAGACAAAAUUUAGCCUUCUUCUUUUUACUAUUUUUGAUAUAUGAAUGACUAUUUUUUUUCCGGUUUAGAAAAGUAGUUUUAUAAUUCACAUUCGGUUUUCAAAGGACAAAUGGUUUUGAUAAUUGGUGGGUUCACAUUAUUCUUUUCUGAUUUACAAAGCUAGAGAUUCUUUUGUACUAAGUUAGAGUUAGCAAUGUCCACCUCGGUUCCAAAGUCCACGACCUUUGGAGAAUGCUAUCAUUUCCAUAGCUUUAAUGGAUAGUUUAACCAAUCU